CCACAAUUACGAUAAUUCUGAUCCAUUUUCUCAUCCAAUGCAUAAUGAUAAUGAAUGGAAUGUUUUUGAUAGUGAUGAUGAUAUUAGUAGAGAUUUGCCAAGACUAACUCCAUCCAAACAAAUUAAUUCAAGCAAUGAGAGAAGAAUAUCUCCUAAAAUUAUUGUUCCAGCAGAACAAAAUAAACAAUUUUAUCAAAAUAAUUAUUUACCAAAUAAUAUUCAAUCUCCUCCACCAAUGAAAAGAAUCAUUAAAAAAUCACGUUUGGUCAGUAUACAUGAUGGUAGACCAUUAAGCGAUUUUGUGGAGACUGUGCAUUAUGAGCCGAUAAAUUAUUGUUAG